UCAAUUACAUGUACAUGUUCAUCAAUUUAUAUUUCAGUGGUAUUUAAUCAUUUUAGGGCAGCAAAAUAUGAAUCAGAAAUAUCUCAGCACGAGGCUGAUAUAGCUCAAAAGACGCAGAAGAUUGAUGAAUUAACUGCUAGUAUGGAAGACAGCAGGCAAUCCUCCAAACCUGAAAAGGGCAUACCACGUCAUGUUCAAGUGUCUGAUUUGAGGGGACAAGUUUAUGACCUCCAGGACAAGAAAUCUAGAAAACAGAAACAGCUCCAGUUGAUUCAACAGGCUAUGGUACCAGAGCGGACCGAUCCUCCUCCAUUGUUUGAUCCAUUGGGUGAAGGAGCUGAUGAAUUGUCUACUAGUGUAGCUGCUGAUGAUCCUUAUUCUACCUCUAAACCCAAGAAAGGAAAAGCUUCUGAAACUAUUAAGCGUCUCUUCAAAGGAAAAGGAAAGUCUAAGGGUUCAGAUCGUCACGAGUCAAUCAGCGAAGACCAGGACAGAGAUGAGUCUACGACUAGUGGGAGCUUCAGUACCGGAGGACAUGGAGCAGCUAUGGAAGAUGAGGAGGACGAGUAUCAGGAGCCUCCUGAAGUAGCAAUAGAAGACGAGCCUUGGUACUAUGGUGUGAUGGACAGGAGAGAUGCUGAGAAGAAGUGUGGUCAAGCUGGUGAGUACCUAGUGAGAUACAGCGACAGACAAAACAAAUAUGUACUCACUGUUAAUUGGAAUGGACAAGGACGCCAUUUUGUUAUACAAGAAAUACCAGAUCCUCAAAAUCCAGGAAUCCCGUUGUACAGAUUUGAAGACAAGGCUUUUGGUGUAGUCCGUGACCUGUUGGACUAUCACGUCCAAACACAAAUACCAGUCACACGCAACUCUGGCGCUAUAUUAGGAAAAUUCAUAUCCCGUAUUGAUAAGUGGUCUAUCAAGAGGAACGAGCUUCAAAUGGGCCGGAAACUUGGGCGUGGCGCUUUUGGUGAGGUUUGCGAGGCAACUAUGUCCACCGGAGAGAAGGUAGCAGUUAAGACUUGCCGUGACACAAUCCCUGCGGCAGAGAAGCGAAAGUUCUUACAAGAGGCGGACAUUUUGAAGCAAUACGAUCAUCCUAAUAUAGUCCGGCUGAUUGGCGUCUGUGCUGAGAAGGAUCCAGUGUAUAUUAUAAUGGAGCUUCUUCCUGGAGGCUCCUUCCUUGAUUUCCUAAGGAAGAAAGGUAACCAUCAAACAAAGAAGAAGCUCGCUAUGAUGGUGACCGACGCCAGUGCUGGGAUGGAGUAUCUUGAGUCGAUGAAGUGUAUUCAUAGAGAUCUGGCUGCCAGGAAUUGUCUUGUUGGAGAGAGUGACAUAGUUAAGAUAUCUGAUUUUGGAAUGAGUCGAGAGGAAGAGUGCGGUAUCUAUCAGGUCUCAUCUGGUUCAAGACAAAUACCAAUAAAAUGGACUGCACCUGAGGCUCUUAAUCUCGGUAGGUACACUAAUGCUAGUGAUGUGUGGAGCUUUGGCAUAUUAUUGUGGGAGACAUAUUCCCUUGGGUCUACACCUUAUCCAGGAAUGAGUAAUAAUGAAGCAAGAGAACAAGUUGAAGCUGGCUAUCGUUUGCCUCCACCGAACCAUUGCCCCGAACCAGUUUACCACAUAAUGCAAGAGUGCUGGCAAUAUGAUGAAGAUGAUCGUCCAUCGUUUGCCGAGAUACAUGCAAAAUUAAGACAAGCACAGACUCAAAUUUUUAACUAAGAGAGAUAAAGAGAGAGACAUGCAUAGAGAGAGGAAAAGGAAUUUAUUUCUUAUUAUUAUUUUGAUUAUUUUAUACACGCGUUUUGUGCUGCUUUUGUUGCAUAGAGACUUGAUGCAUGCAGAAUAAUAAUUAUUUUAUAGUUUUUGAUAAUAAAUUUUAGUGUGGUGGCUCCUUCAUUUUUAUUAUACAAUUCCUUUUUUGUAGUUGUUUUGUUGAUUUUUUGAUUUUUUUAUCAACUUCUCUUGCCUUUUUAGUGUUGCUCUCAAAAAUAAUAAA